AAAUACGCAUUUAUUUUCACGUUUCCUUUGUCAUUUUCAUCAUCCCCAUAUAUUAUUUAUUGAAACUUGAAACACAAAAAAAAAUUAACAAAUUAUUUCAUUUCAAUGGCUUCUUCUUUUCUUACUUGUAGUUUGAGUAGCUUUCCUAAGGUUUCAUGUCAAAGAUUUGAUCCACUCUCGUCCUCCUCCUCCUCCACCACUGUAACCACCAGCUCUCGGUUGUCCCUUGAAAGAUCGGUGGUGGCUGGUGGGCGUGUUUCACUAGCUAACCGGAGUUAUCUUAGCUCCGGCCACCGGACAUCUCAACAUGACAAGAGAUCAAAGAUGGAGUUCGUAGUCUAUAGUGCUGACCAAGUUGCAGAUCUCCUGCCUUUUGGAAUUCAUCUCCCUGAAAAUUGGCCAGCAUGGAUCCCAGGAGUUGUAUUGGCUGUUGUGGUUCCAUUUUUCACAAAUAAAUGGGGCCCAUUUUCAAAAUUCAAAGAGGAACUUGACAAAGUAGAGGAGGCGGUGGAUAAUGUGGCGGAUAGGGUGGAUGAGAUAGCAGAGAAAGUGGAAGAGUUUGUCGGCGAUAUCGCUGAUGAUCUUCCCGAAGGUAGUCAACUUAGACAGUCAUUGGAAAAAGUCGAAAAAGUUGCUGAUACCAUCGGAGACAAAGCUAAAAUGGUUUCAGAUCUAGUCGACAAGAUGGAUGAAAUGGAAGCCAAAUUGGAGAAUAUCAUGGAUAAAGCCAAGGAGAAAAAGAAUACUACGCCUACGAAAACUGAGCCACAAUAGUUGAAUAUCGGCAAUAGAGGUCGAUAACAUAAGCAUAUACAUUAGGCUUAGGAAAAAGAUUAUGCUUUUUUGUUUCGUUUUACUUUGUAAUAUUUAUCAAGUUGAUUCGAAAUAUAUAUUCUCAAGUUGCAAUU